GAAUUGCCGAAUCGUCUGUCCUGCCGGACUGGAAGUGGCCGCAACGCCAUGUUGACGAAGUCUCCCAUCUUCUUGGAAAAAUGAUUAUAGAAAAUUCUGUCGUUGAAAACAAAUGUUAAAUUAUCGAAAGAGGAAAGAUACCGGCGACAGGGCUCGGAAGAACUGAACCAAACCGGAUCUGCAGAGGUCCUGGACGGGCAAGGGAGGCAAACCUCCCGGCGUCCCCAUGAAUAGCACCACAGACCCGAACAGCGACUUUCCAUGAAAAAAGCUUGAGUUGUUAAUAGCUAGCUAGCUAGCCAGCCAGCUAGCCCUGUUGGCAAAGGGAUUUGCGGCCUGCUUUAAGAAUUUUCAACGCUUGUUAUUUUUAUGCAAUCUAGAUAUAUUUUGUAUCAGUAUUUAUUAGUGUAUUGCUUUUCUUUGUUUAUUUUUUGCGAUGAGUUUGCCGGCGAAAAUAGUCAAACCCCCCACUGUCGCAGUAAGUGGACCUGGAACUGGCCCGUCUCCGUCGAGCCAACUGCGGGCUACCCUGACCUCCGUGUCUUUACCACCACCGGGAGCCCCGGGCGCUCCUCAGCCGACCGCCGUGCCACCACCUCAAAUUUUCCUUAAUAUGCCGCGUCCCAGGAUCCCUCGGAUUCAGCCAUCCUUGGACGACCGCAUCUUCCCCCAACAGCCUGGUGUCGCUGCCGUCUAUGGCGGACCCCGGCCCCCCGGCCCUCCCUACACGGCACAUGACAUUACAAAGGGACACCCUAACUUGGCGGGCACGCCCCCGGGGCAUGCCCACUCGCCGGCGCUCUCUCAGGUAUCAGUACCCACAGCUUCCCCAUAUCGCUACCCUAAGGGCUGGGAGGCAGGCGGAGGGUCACCAUACACUACUGGACAGAAUGCUGGCUCCGCACCUCUAGUGUACUCUCCUCAGACCCAGCAAUUGAAUGCACAGCCACAGAGUCGCCCGUCAUCUUCCAUGCCCAGCCCCAGCCCCAGCCCCCCUGUCAUAUGGAGCCAGCAGUUUCCGCCGGGCCCUCGACCGACCCACCAUCAGGGAGGAUUCAGGCCCAUCCAGUUUUUCCAGAGGGCUCAGAUGCAGACAGCACGGCCAACCAUCCCCACAAACACUCCCUCUCUGCGGCCUGGCUCUCAGAACCCCACAGCGGCGGUGUACCCCCCCAACCAGCCCACCAUGAUGAUGAUGGCCCCCAUGCCCUUCCCAUCCCCACAGGCUGCCCAGUACUACAUCCCGCAGUAUCGCCACAGUACGCCCUAUGUACCCCCUCAGCAAUUCUCAGUGCAGCCGCCUGGAUCGGGCACCUUUUAUCCAGGCCCUGGCCCGGGAGAGUACCCUGCUCAGUACGCUCCUGGACCUCAAUUCUACCCAGGACAGCAGGUUUACCCCCCUUCCCCUACCCCCAUCAUAGUGCCUACACCACAGCAACCUCCACCAGCCAAGCGUGAGAAGAAAACAUCCUCCCAGAUUCGUAUUCGUGACCCCAACCAAGGAGGGAAGGACAUCACAGAGGAGAUCAUGGCGGGGGGCACAGGGAGCCGGAAUCCAACCCCCCCUGUCGGGCGACCUUCCUCCACCCCUACCCCUCCACAGUUUUUAUGGCCGCACCCUCAUUAUCCUCACAUUUUCUACCUCAAAUCACAGCAGCAGCUGGGUGGCAGCCAGACUCCGGAGCAGGGCCCAAGCCCUGCCUACUGCCUGGAGCCUCCCCCGCAGAAGCAGCUCACACCUGGGACUGCGGAUGGCAAACCAGGGCCAGACGAUAAGCCAAAAUUGGAGCCGGUAGUCCAGAAGUCUUCCUCUCCUGGGCUUAAACAGGCAGAACCUUUUAUGGACAGGCGAGAGGCCAUUGGACCUGUAACUGCCCCGUAUGCUGUUGUGGAACGCGAGCUUCACUCCCCUACCCCAGUGAUGAUGGCCCCCAUCCCUGCAGUGUGUCCUGUCACCAGCCUCACUGAGCAGGCCUCUGCAGCAGAGCCUGCUACUCACACUCCCUCUGCAGCAGAGCCUGCUACUCACAGUUCCUCUGCAGCGGAGCCUAAGCCCCUAGCACCCAUCACAAAGACACAGACCCCAAAUACCGUAGAGCCUCUCCCAGAAGUCCCACUCCACCUGUCUGCUUUGCCCUCCCCAGCCCCGACCCUUAAGGCUUUAAAUGGCCAUGCUGACACAGGGGCUGAGCUUGACGCCCAGGCCCAGGAGCCCUCCCCCGUAGCUCCACCUCCAUCUCAGCCCAAAGCUUCAGUCAUGACCUCUGAAGAAGACCGCGGUGAUUCCCUUCCCAGUGAAGUGAGGGCAGACGUGCCCUCUACUGUCGCGGAAGUUAUCGCGCCCGCCGCUGUAGUGCCAAUCGCCCUGUCCUCCAGCCCGUCUGCUUUUCCAGCACCUCCCCCUGGACUUCCACCGCUAGUAAAGGCCGUAGCGGAGCACAGCAAGCCCUCAGACACUAAAGACAUCCCUCUCAAAGCAGGCACAGAGGCACUCAUCUCACCAGACAGCAAGCCUGAGCCACAGCUACAAGCCCCCUCCAGAAAGAGUCCCACUACAGUUUGUCAAACAGCUCCUGCUGCACCAAAGACCUUGAAGAAACCAAAUGAAGGGAGUCCAGUUGGAGAAUCACCACAGAGGGAGACUGAGGAGGAGCUUUUGACUGCAGAGGAGGCCGCUGUAGAACAAGCCCCGCUGCCCACCAGGCUCCGGAGAAGCAGCUCCCCUCCCCCACCCGCAGCAGUCCCCCCAGCCCUUGAAGCUGAAGAAAAGCCCCCCACCCCGGAGGAAAAUGGAGAGGCUGAUCUGGAGCCCAUGAGAAAUGGAGCAGGGCACACCUCGGAGACGGAGAGCAGUGACAGUGGGGCCACACCUGGAGACAAAGAGGGCUCUACAGGAGUACCCCCAGAUCUCUUCCAGGAGGAUCCAACGGACACCAAUGGGAAGCGUCAGUAUAACCGAGAAUUCCUGCUGGCCUUCCAGUUCAUGGCUGCCUGCACUCAGAAGCCAGAUGGGCUGCCUCAGAUCAGUGACGUUGUGCUGGACAAGAUAAACCAAAACAAGCUGCCGACCCGGACGGUGGAAUCCAGGGUGAUCUCCCGGGGCCCGGACUUCACACCCGCAUUUGCUGACUUUGGCCGACAGAUGAGUGGAGGACGUGGUGGGGCACCAGUGAGUCACGCUCACUCCCAGGCCCACCAAAUGAUGAACAUUGGAGGGAAUACCCGUCGACUACUGCCCAGAAAGAUCAUCCUGAACGUGUCGGCGAACGACGAGGUACAGCUGAAGAAGGCAGAGAACGCCUGGAAACCUGGCAUGAAGAGGGCGGGGCCGUCAGAUGACCCGCAAGUUGUUACAACACAGGAGCUCUUCCGGAAGGUGCGCAGCAUCCUCAACAAACUGACCCCUCAGAUGUUUAACCAGCUGAUGAAGCAAGUAACAGACCUCACCAUCGACACAGAGGAGCGCCUGAAGGGCGUCAUCGACCUGGUCUUUGAGAAGGCCAUUGAUGAGCCUGGCUUUUCUGUGGCCUACGGGAACAUGUGCCGCUGUCUUGCCACGCUCAAAGUGCCCAUGACGGACAAACCAAGCACCACAGUGAACUUCCGUAAGCUGCUGCUCAACCGCUGUCAGAAAGAGUUUGAGCGGGACAAGGUGGACGAUGUUGUGUUUGAGAGGAAACAGAAGGAGCUGGACUCUGCACAGUCCAGCGAUCAGGAGAGACUACGGUUUGAGCUGGAGGAGGCCAAGGAUAAAGCCCGCCGACGCUCAAUAGGCAAUAUCAAGUUCAUCGGGGAGCUGUUUAAACUCAAGAUGCUGACAGAGGCCAUCAUGCAUGACUGUGUGGUCAAGCUGCUGAAGAACCACGACGAGGAAUCACUGGAGUGCCUCUGCAGGCUGCUCACCACCAUCGGCAAAGACCUGGACUUUGAGAAGGCCAAGCCUCGCAUGGAUCAGUAUUUUAAUCAGAUGGAAAAAAUUGUCAAGGAGCGUAAGACAUCAUCUCGGAUACGGUUUAUGCUCCAGGAUGUAAUAGAUCUCAGAUUGCAUAACUGGGUGUCCAGGAGAGCUGACCAGGGCCCCAAGACCAUCGAGCAGAUCCACAAAGAGGCCAAGAUCGAGGAGCAGGAGGAGCAGAGGAAGGUGCACCAGCAGCUGCUUUCCAAGGACACCAAAAGAAGGCCAGAGCAACAGCAGCGAGAACAGCAGAGGGAGCAGCGGGUGCAGCAGAGGGAGGAGACCUGGAACACUGUGCCGAUGACCAAGAACAGCAGGACCAUUGACCCCACGAAGAUCCCCAAGAUCUCCAAGCCUCAGAUGGAUGAGAAGAUCCAGUUGGGACCACGGGCCUCACUCAACUGGAUGAAGGGCAGCAGUGGAGGAGCCAAGGCCAGUGACUCAGAAUUCUCCAGGUCUGGUGGGGGUGGUGCCAGUUUAAACCGGUACUCAGCUCUCCAAUCCACCCAAUCUCAUCAGAAUACUGCACAGAACACAGAGUAUGACUCUAGAAGAACAAUAGCUAGUCGAAGCAGUGUAGGGAGAGAGCGAAGUGAGAAGCCCCUGAGCUCAACCCUGUCACGGCCUGGUUCCUUCAUCCGACGAGGCAGUUCUAAGGACCUUCUGGAGAGCCCGGCCCUGAGCCCUGAGGAGCCUCGCAGAGAGCUGGAGAGCCCCAUGAGGCCAGCCUUCAGCGAGGACAAGACUGAGCCGGAGCUCAGCAGAGCCAGGGAGCCUGCAGUGAAAGCUGAGCCUGUGGUUUCCCAAUCUCCAGACAAACCUCCCAUCUCUGAGGAAGACAUGGAGAAAAAGUCCAAAGCCAUCAUUGAUGAGUUCUUGCACAUCAAUGACUAUAAGGAGGCUGUGCAGUGUGUGGACGAGCUGGACCUGCCCUCUCAGCUCUAUGUUUUUGUGCGCGUGGGGGUGGAUUCCACUUUGGAGCGCAGUCAGAUCACACGGGACCACAUGGGCCAGCUCCUCUUCCAGUUGGUGCAGCAGGACAUCCUGUCCAAGCCCCAGUUCUUCAAAGGGUUUUCUGACACCCUUGAGCUGGCAGAUGACAUGGCCAUUGACAUUCCCCAUAUCUGGCUGUAUCUGGCCGAGCUGCUCAGCCCAGUGCUGAGAGAAGGGGGCUUCUCUAUGAGAGAGCUCUUUAGUGAAUUAAGCAAACCUUUAUUUCCUGUGGGAAGAGCUGGGAUCUUAUUUUCAGAAAUACUGCACAUACUAUGCAAACAAAUGAGCCAUAGGAAAGUAGGCACCUUAUGGAGAGAGUCUGGCCUUAGCUGGAGUGAUUUCCUGCCGGAGGGAGAGGACGUCCAGGAUUUCAUCUCACAGCAGAAAGUCCAGUUCACUUUGGCUGAAUCCACCAGCUCAGAGGCAGCCCUCUCCACCACAGUACUGUCCCCAGAGGCGCUCAGCCGGCAGCUGGAAAGACUGCUUCUGGAGGACAUGGCCACUGAUGAGCAGAUCUUUGACUGGGUAGAGGCAAAUCUAGAUGAAUCUCAGAUGAGCUCGUCUCCAUUUCUAAGAGCUCUGAUGACAGCUGUGUGCAAGGCAGCGGUGAAAGAUGAAAGCACUUCCUGUCGAGUGGACGUAUCCAUAAUUCAGAGAAGAUUGCCUGUAUUACUCAAGUACCUUAACUCGGACACUGAGCGACAGCUACAAGCACUUUAUGCACUUCAGACACUGAUAGUCUCUCUGGAUCAGCCUCCUAAUCUGCUUCGGAUGUUCUUUGACUGUCUUUAUGACGAGGACGUCAUCUCUGAGGACGCUUUUUACAAGUGGGAGACCAGCAAGGACCCUGCCGAGCAGCUGGGCAAAGGUGUGGCUCUCAAGUCUGUAACGGCUUUCUUCACCUGGCUGAGGGAAGCUGAGGAAGAGUCUGAGGAUAAUUGACAAGGGAGCAGGCAGCCACUGCAAGUACCCAGGACAAGAGGCCAGCUGUUGUUCCUACCAAUAGAAACUGCAAUCUUCAUCCUCUGAACAAAUAGACAAACUUCCAAAAUGUGCGCAGACAGGACGACAUGUUUACGGCUGGAACUUUUUUCUGCGGUACAGUUCUGAGACAUGCUGCCGUUUUGAGUUUGAUUUCCAAUGGCGGAAGCACUAAAUACCUGUAUUAUACAUAGCAAAUAUUUUUGUUUUAAAUGUUAACUUUUUUUUUGUUUUGUUACUUUUGAGAAGAGACUUAAAGAUACAUAGGUUCUGGACUCUUUAAUUUAUUAUUUUUUUAAGGACUGCAAAUAUGGAAGUUUAUUUAACAUUUGCAGAUGCUUACAAUGAGAACAUUGAUGAAUAGAAGUAACAAUAUUAUCAAUUAUAAAAAUAAUAAUAAUAAUAGUGAAAUAACUAGCCUGGAUUCCACAUUGUUUGGUUGAAAACAGGGUAAAAAGUUAUUUUGAAAUAAUGGGGAAGGCUGAUUGAGGGUGGAUGCACAGGGACAGUUGAUGUCGUCAGAUGUCAAAGUUAUUAGUGCAUAACCACAGGAUAGUGUUGCCUCUGCUGUUGCUUGCUCUCUGUGAUAUGUAUAUAAACCUUCCAAGGAGCAGAGGUAUGCAUUCAAGAAGUAAUGCAAAUCAGUCCACUAAAUAAUAUUAAAUGAACAUGAAUAAACAACAUUGAACAGUAGAUACAUUCAAAUUAAAUGAGAACAACGCAAGUUUAAAAAGCAAAUGCCAGGGUUGCUGAACACGAAGUACUUGUAAUACUUCAGACCUACAGAGCAAAUAAAAAGCUUGUAAAUACAUUAAAGAAAAAUGUAUUUAAAAGAA